GAUAGAAAUCAACAACAAAAGAAUCGCGCGAGCAGCGGGCAGGAUGGGUCACCAGCAGCUCUACUGGAGCCACCCCAGGAAGUUCGGCCAGGGCUCCCGCUCGUGCCGCGUGUGCUCGAACCGCCAUGGCCUGAUCCGCAAGUACGGGCUGAACAUGUGCCGGCAGUGCUUCCGCCAGUACGCCAAGGACAUCGGCUUCAUCAAGUUGGACUAAACGCUUUUCAAGAAGAUGAGAUGUCGCAAGGAGACUUCUGGACAUAAUUCUCUGCCUAAUUUUU